AUGAAAAAUCAAGAAAUCCUUAACAAAAACAAUCUCCAAGAAGAAAAAAUAAUGUUAGCACCAAGUGUGCCAGUCCUAAGUCAAAAAAACAAAGAUAAGCACCGAGAAGAUUAUGGAAGUGCUGACAAAAUAAGAUACAAUGAAGUACUUCCUUACGAUCAUCCUCCUCUUGCGUAUAAUAGUCCUGAAGAAACCAAGAAAGGUUCUAAAAAAAUUGCUACUCCUAUUGGUUGGGUAUACUAUAAGGAGGGUUAUAAUUCUGACGAUAAAGUUAGCCUAACUUUAAGUCAAGCCUUAAGGGAAAUAAAAGACCGUGGACGGGGAAUUCCGGUAGAUGGUAUUUAUUCUAUUCUUGGUUUAUUGCCAUACGGUAGAAAUGUCAAACCUAACUAUAAACCUAAAGAAUGUCUAGUUUGCUCUCCACAAGUAACAGAGGAUGACUGUCAGCACGAAGAAGCUGAAAAAAAUUGA